CUGAGAGGAUCCGGUUACCAGAAGUCACCUCGCUUGUUGUCCCCUGGGCGGACUUCCUCAGGUGAGAGCAAACGACUGUUUCACAUGAAAACGUUGAUACAGUGAAGACACAUUUGGAAAAAGAAAAAACUGCUUGUUUAUUCGACGCAAGGAAGAUUUUGGGAGUUUUUGUUCACUUUCCAGGAGUAUUGUUCAGAGGGGACGCCGUUGUGUGGCAGUGACGGACUACAGCGGUCGACAUGUUUGUCAGCGGGUUGGUUUCGGUGGCUUUGUUCUGUUUAGCAGCGACAGGUGUAAGUGGCUUUACCGUCACCACCAAAAACGCAGAUGUGCGGGUGAAAGAGAAUAUAGGGGCUGACCUUACAUGCUCGCAUUCAGCUGACUUUGGUUCAGAAGCCAGAGUUGAGUGGAAAGUUAUGGACCAAAGAGGCUCACAGAAGUAUGUGAUCUUUAAAGGGAAACCGACAUCGUCGUAUGGCAACCGAGUGACAAUGUACGGUGAUAAUCUGCGAUUCAGCAAAGUGACCCGACAGGAUAAUGGAGUGUAUAACUGUGAGGUGUCCGGCAACGGCCAGUUUGGGGAAGUCGCAGUGAAGCUGACUGUUCUGGUCCCUCCAUCUAAGCCCUUAUGUAGGAUCCCCACCUCGGUGACAACGGGCAAGCCAGCCCUGUUGUCCUGCCACGACAGCGAUGGGUCACCUGCGCCCAAAUACAGGUGGUACAAAGACAACACCCUUCUGCCCCCUGAACCUAGCAAGAUUGCUGGCUUCAAGAAUUUCACCUACAAGCUAAAUCAGGACAAUGGCAACCUGGAGUUUCCCGCUGCAUCCAAGAUGGACACAGCUCAGUACUACUGUGAGGCUUACAAUGACGCAGGUCCUCCGCAGAGCUGUAAAGCUGUGAAAAUGGAAGUUCGUGACCUAAACACCGGAGGAAUCGUUGCUGGGGUGAUAGUGGCUCUGCUGCUAUUGGCCCUGCUGGGAUUUGGCAUUUGGUAUGCCCACAAGAAAGGAUACCUGCCCAAGAAGACCGAAAGCAAACCAAAGCCCAGCGUAGUCUACCAGCCCACAUCAAUGUAUGGUGGUGAUGAUGAUGAUGUAAGUACAAGCAUUAUUGUUAUUCCAUGAAAUUUACAUCACAGG